AUGGAUCCAGUAUCAAUAGCAGCUAGCUCUGCAAGUCUUGCAGUCUUUUGUCUCAAGGUAGCCGCUGCUGUAUACACGACCACAGACAGCGUUCGAAAUGUUGACACCAACUUUUCUGGACUCCACCAGGAGCUCAUGGGGUUUUCGGGCACGUUGAGUGCAAUUGAGAAGACAUGGAAACAGAAUACCGCGGUUCUCAUGGCUUAUUCUGGUCCUGAUGCCACGCUUUGGACUAGUGUCACAGAGAACCUGGAUAAUAGUAAACUAACGAUCGAGAUGCUCGAAAAGGCUCUGACGAAUGUUAAAAAGGGCGGCUUCUUUGGGCAUGGCAUUUUGAGCAAGCCGACGAAGGCAGUCAAACUAUCAUUGUCUAUGUCUGAUAUCACCGCAUAUCAGCAUCGCAUCAAUUCUCAUCAUAUUGCAAUGCAAGGUGGACUACAGAUGAUCAGCUUAUGUUUACACAUCAAGGGGAACGCCUCACUGCAAAGCCUUGAUACGUCUCUUGCUAACCUUGGAGAUAUGAUUAAACUCAUUAGCCAACGAGCCGAGGCGGCACUACAAGGAAACAAUAUUUCGAGCUCUGAUCCUUCUCAAGAAGAGAACGGAAACAGUAAUAUAGCCUCGGGGCUACAGAGUAUGGCCCGUGCUGCAGAGGCAGUGUUUACCAGUGCCAGCACGGUAAUCGACGGUCGCAGGUCAACUAUUUACGGGGGAAGUGUCAUUGGAGAAAAUGCGUUCCAGAAUGAUGGCGGAAUAAUGUGGGGAGGCAGUGUUUUGGGGAGUCCUUUGACAGAGGAGCAGUACAGUGGCAUUGAGAAUUGGAUCCCCCCGCCGGCCAAGGACAAGGAGGAUGGCUCGACGAGUCAACCAUCGAGAGGUAAUCUGCCAACGACAGGUAAUCCAACUAAAAGCAACACGGACUUCCUCGGGAGAGCUAUCGACGCUGUCAAACAAGCCAUUGCCCUUGACAAUGCAAAGGAUUAUGAAAACGCAUAUAAACAGUACUACAUCUGUCUCGAAUUAUUCAUGCUUGCCAUCAGAUUUGAGAAGAACUCUGAGAGCAAGAGGAUAAUGCAGAACAAGGCUGCUGAAUACAUGGACCGCGCCGAAAAGCUAAAGGCUUAUCUUCACACUCAGGCUACUGGAAUUCCCAUAAGAAAGGAGGUUCCGGUAGCCAGUGCCAGCCCAGCGAAUCCAGGAAUCCCACUUGUCCUUCCACCAAGCACGAGUAUCAGGAGGUUUGAAGAUUAUAUCGUUCAAGCAGAAAAUAUAUGUGGUGCUGAUAACGUGAAAAUAAUUACGGAGGCGGAAGAGACUCACAAGAAGCUGCUGGGCGCACUUGAUAUUCUUAAUCUGAAUGUUUCUGACAGGGAUAAUCUUCUUCUCUCCGCCAUCGUUAGGCCCCGGAAGGUGUCGGAGGCACAAGAAAUUGUUCGUUUGUGCAACACCUUUGAAACCCCAGUUUGGUCUUUUAGCGGCGGGAGUGACGAUGACUAUAGAGCCGCUAUACCACGAGUUCCUGGUAGCAUUGGCCUGGACUUUGGUAGCUACAUGAACAAGGUGCUUGGGGUAAAUGAAUCUGGUGCAUAUGUUGUCGUGGAGCCUGGAGCCACACAUGCAGAUAUUGACAAAUACCUUGUUGACAAUAAGCUUAACGAGAAAUUCACGAUCGACUGGCCCAAGUAUACGGAAAGACUGGCCUUGGGAAAUGCUGUGGAAGGUAACAUAUCUACACUUUAUUGUGGCAAGGAAAUAAUACUUCCCAAUGGAGACCUCCUCAAAACGGGAUUAAUACAAUAUCCUGGCACGCGGCCUGAAGUCGAACAGCUAGAAUUUGAAGAAACGCAGCCCCUCGAUUCCAGUUUCGGUGUAUUUAAUGGAAAACUACUCUCGGAAAAAGGCUUGGGGAUAGCUGUGAAAUUGUCUAUUUGUCUCACCUCAAACCCUGCCGAUUGCCAGCCUUACCAGAUUGGGUUUCCAAAGGAGGGAGACCUCCCUAAAAUCGUCUAUAUCACUCAGAAGCUUCGCCAAACAAUGUCCCUACAGACACGCCCUAGCCUUUACUAUAUACCUUUAGAUACAAUGUCCCCAAAUGCCUCAUCCGAUGCUCCUCUCAAUAGCAUAGAACCAGACGGCAUUAAUACCAAUCGUUGGAUAUUGCACGGCAUGAUAUAUGGAGAGAAGGGCGUCCGCGAUGCUUUGUGCCAGGUAAUCAAGGAGGCAUUUGGUCAAGUUGAAGGGGCAAAAUUCUACUUUCCAGAGUCGGUUCACCAUGACCAGUCUUCGUGUUGUGUCCGCUGGAACCAACACGAAGAGAUUCCCAUAGCCGAGCAAAAAUGGACGACAUGGGUACCCAAAGGAUCUCAAGUAUUUUUUCGCCUGACUUCGAAAAUUUCCGGAGAGAUCGCGUAUGCACAGUUGUCAAUUACGAAGAAGCGUAUACAGGAUGCCGAGUUAGAUUUCCUAGGCGCAAUCACGAUCGAUGAGCGCCACAUGCACUAUACAGUCUACAUCGCAUAUGAGCGCCACGAUUCUGACUCCUGUCGGAGACUUCAUAAGCUUAUCCUUACGCUGGUGGAUGAUUGUGAGAAAAAUGGGUGGACGGAAUACUGGACGUAUGGGGCCCUUAUGGAUCAGAUUGCUGCGAUACGGGAUGUCCAGGACGAUGCUCUGGCGAAGAUUAAUACGGCGAUCAAGGACGCUGUAGAUCCUGCGGGUAUUAUGGAACCGGGCAGAAACGGCGUUUGGCCGACGAGAAGUGAUAGAUCGGUCUGGAAACGAAUGGCAGACAGGUCACUGGUGAGUAGCUCGGUGGUUCGCGCGAAUAUAUGA